GUUACCAAUCUUAUCUAUCUUUUCUGGGAACAAACGAGUGAAUUAUCUGUGCUCGAUCUCGCUCGUCGCACAUUACGUCCGUUGAGUCCACUGGUCAGCACCUCACUCUCAGCCAGCGCUAAUCGAACACGUGUUCAUGCAGGGCUCACAUGGGUGGGUAAUCGAUUGUACGUGGUUGGUGGUUUCUCGGAAUUUGUCGGGGACGAUCGUCGACCAACAGUGCCCCGGGAUGAUGUACAUUGCUAUGACCCGGAAACCAACAGCUGGAAGAACAAGCUGAUGUACUUGUCUACUGAUCGCAAAUCGGCACUGUCUGAAAUGAUAGUCCAGACAGGUACUGUGAACUUGAAUUCCGAACCGACGGACUACAACACUAUACUGCCACCACCAGGCUGA